CUCGCUUUCAACCCUUUUUAGCCUCAAGGCAAAAGCGGCAUGAAAUGAUGUCGGUACCAUGUCGGUACGACCCGUUUUCACGAUGUCGUUCCAUACCAGCAUGAACCCGUAUCGGUAUUUUUUAAUCCGGCCGGAUAAGCACCAUUUCAUCAUCAUCAUCAGGUACUAUCUUCUAUCAGAAGGUUGGCUACCAUGACCCUCCAACUAUCCCAAAAUCUUGUUUUGAUUUGUUGUCAUGGUCAUAGAUAAAAAACCAUUUCAUGCCGGUGUAAUAUGCGUUUUGGUACCGAUUUCAUUUAAACGGAUAGCGUAGAGACAAAAAAUGAAAUGCCGGGAUUUCGACUCUUAACUGGAUCGCACUGGCAUGCAGGGGCGAAACUUCACUAUUUUCAUUAGGGGGAUAUGAAGCUUAGAUGCCCGACGAAAGGGCGUGCCAUGUUUAAUGAAGGGCGUGUCAUGCAUGAACUUAAUUUUUAGGGCACAUCGCCUCAAGGGCUGAAAUCAUCGGGGACCCCGAGAGAGGGUCUUUAGACUCAGGCUGUUUGUUUAAAGCAAAAAAGCAUGCCUUUAAUUUUUCUGGUGUUGGCUAUAAACAUUUGUUUCCGAAAAGCAAGCAUUUGUAAGGCCUGUCUUUUCUAUGAAAGAAAAAUAGUCUUCAAUUUUUAAAUCACCUAGCUAUUAAGAGAGCAAUUAAAAGCGAGAUUGAAGUAGGGUCUCAAUUUUAUCAAAGUUGAACAACAAUACACAGCUUGGAAAUUUCAGAAUUUAGAAACAGCUGACUACAAUGUUUCAACAAAAAAGAGCUUCAGUUGCAUUUUCUGAGUUUGAUUUUCAAUUUUCGUGUUUUCGUAAUCAUGGAUAUUGCUCAGAAAUAGAAUAAACUCGAAAGUUUUUUGCAAUUCAUAUCUCAACUACAAUUUCUUGAUAAAUUUUCUAUCAUUUCCCGCUUGAACUGAUUAAAACUUUCUGUUACUUUUUACGGUUAUUUGAAAUUUUUAGUUAAAAAACUUUGGCGGCUGUACGGUCAUUUUCUAGCGAAGGGUGCAAUACUUUCGGACCGUAAGUGUAAAACCUUAAGAGAAUUUCGGGGCAUAACUCCUUAUGAAUGUAUGAUAAAAGUUUCAUACAUUUGUAAAAGAACGUAUUGAUUGAUUUUUCUUAACAACGUAUUUUGAGAUGGUAUAUCCUUCAUGCUUUGAUUUAUGCUGCUUCUAAAACUGUCAGUGUUCCAUUUUGCAAAAAGUAGGGGGGAGGGGUAUGUCCUGUGUUCAUUUCCUUCUUGCAUCAAACACACUUUACUUUCCGUCUAUACUUUUGCUGUCUAUCAAUAUUUCAGAUUUCAUCUCGAGGCGAAGAUAAACAUGUGCGCGUCGAGCUCGAGACGAAAGCGCUGAUCGGUGGACGAAAGAGAGAAAUGUAUAUAUGUUGCUGUUGCUUGCCUCGUUUCUGUUUUGUUUUCCCAACUGGGCGGGGAUUAAAAAAAGAUGGGGGGAAAAGACCAUAAAUUCAAAAACCAAGCUAGGGCAAAAAGUAGCAAUAAAAGUGCGACAUAAAGAGAAUUUCUAGAUUUGCCUGACAGAUAAAACUUUAGGUCUCUCGAAUCCCACAUGUCUUGAAUUAGGACCUAAGCUUUCUGCGACUUCAGUGUUCUCGAAUUGUCAAGAUCGCGACAUCAAAUGCCGGUAAUACCCCUUCGACUUCAAAAUGAGUUUUUGUUCUUUGAAAACUGUCUGGCUGAAACUUCAUGCUUUAAAAGGCUGUUUGAUACAAAUGUUUUACAGGGGCAAGUGGCCAGAUAGCUCUAAUGAGUUUUUUCCACUUGUCCUACAGCUUUAAUUUUGUAAUAGUUACUAUUAUAGAUAAAUAUAUGUAAAUAUCUAUUUCCUGUUACUUAACUAUCUUAAAUUUAGCAGUAUCUUGAUAUUUUUCUUUGCUUAAUUACGUUUAAUGAAUUGCUGUGAAAUGAAAUAUUUGAAUUUGAAUUUGAUACUCGCACGUUUCUACCCUUUCCUUUUUCCGUGUCUUUCGAGUGUUUUUUCUUCACAGUCGAGAAUAUUUUUCUCAAAAUUAAAUGAAAAGGCUAGAUUUUCCAAAAUAAGAAAUAUCUUCCGCAGAGUUGUGAUGUAGUAAACAUUGCGGCUAACCUGAAAGCGAAUUUUGAGAAGAAUGUGAUGGUUGUUGUGGUUGUAGAUACCUCAUUGGGCUGAACACUAUCAGUGGGGCUAAAGGUGGUUUUAGAUGGUUCCAUGUUUUAGUAAGUACGUUCUACGGAGCACGGAGCAAGUAGCGAAAAUAAAAUUAUCCAGAAUUAGAAUAGCUGAUCUCGGAAGCUACCACUCACUGGACAGUAAGUUACAUCUACAUCUACAUCUACAUCGAUACUGAGCAGGACCGAGUAUCGGUAUAAUGCUCAGAGUGCAAGAAAUAAUGAAAUAAAAGUUUAAUGGAUAAAACGUGCUGGAAGAUGCCACUGAUCAAUGAUUAGAUUGAUUGAACAUAUACAUGUCAAAUGUAUGUUACCUAAAGCAUAAGAGGAUCCUGUUUAUAAUGGAUAGAAAUCAUCAAAAGUACAACAGGUCGAUAUCCGGCUUUUCUGCAACAGAUGAAGUAAUAGAUGAUGCCUUGCCAGGGAUUAUUCAGUCUGGUUUGGAAGAGUGCUGGAAGGACGAACUCUUUUUUGACGUGGAAAUUAUAACUUGUGAUGGGUCAGUGAAGUCCCACAAAAUUGUUCUAGCAAGCAUCAGUCCCUUCUUCAGGGCUGCCUUUUCACCCCUGCACCAGCUUAGCAAUGAAGUGGGCAGUAACAAAAUUGACCUCCAAAUUUUUUCGACUCUGACUGUGAAGAAGAUACUGCAAUAUGUUUAUACAAAGAAGAUUGAGUUGGAAGGUUCAGAAAUAGAAGAUCUUGUCAUUGCUGCUAACUUCCUCCAGAUGCCAUCUCUUGAGACAAUAUGUUCAGAAUUUAUCUUUGAAAAUUUUGACAAGUUAAACAUUAUUGAAAUGUAUGACUUUGCAUCUAGCAGAAGUUUGAUAAUUUUAGACUGCACCUGUCAAGCAUAUAUAGCUGGGAGUUUCAGCCAGUUAUCAAAUUCUGGCCUGAUUCUUCAGCUGUCAGUUGAUCAAUUUGAGAAUAUUUUGAAACGAGAUGACCUUCUUGUCAAAGAUGUAAAAGACUUUAUUUAUCCACCAUCCAUCCAAGAAAAGAUGAUUUGCAGAACGAUUUUGAGGUAUGUACAGGCCAUGAAAAGUGAUACAGCAAAAGUAGCAACUGUCAAUAAUCUCUUUCAAUAUGUGCGAUUUCACCUUAUCAUGAAGUAUGAAUUUGAUUCGUUGAUGGAAGAGGUAGAUGCCAUUUCAGAUGUUCAGUUGGCAUUGUCAUGCAGGCUUGCUCUUUCCCAGGCUGUUGAUGUUAACCAUGUCAAAACAUAUGACGAAAUAGAAGCUAUGGGAGGUAAAUUGCCACGGCAGAGUGCAUGGACACAUUCUUACAAAACUGAAAGGCUCGCACAUGGUUAUAUCACAAAUAUCAGAGAAAAGUUUUGCGACAGCAAGGAAGGAAUUCCUUAUUACAUCAAGGGUAUGAAGAUUUGGAUACGGAGAUGGGAUGGUCGACCUGUUUAUGGUGCCCUGGAGGUUCUUUACAGCGAUGGGAGCAAAGUUUUUCACGGGGAGCGCUCUAAUCACGAAGUAUACGAGUUCAUCUUGGACCCAGACGAGUUCAUUGUCGAAAUCGUUGCUUACUCAGGCUACAUGAUUGACAAUCUAUUGUUUAUUACUAACACUGGGAAAGAGUACGGACCUUAUGGCGGCGAUGGUGGUGGGAGAAGGGUGUUGAAAGCCCCCUCGAAAUCAGGGUAUUUGUCUUAUAUCAGUGGUGAUGAAGCAUUUACACAAGGGUCUUUGGGACUUGUUGGAUUGGCUUUUCAUUGGGUGUAUUACGUGAAGCCAGGUGAGGUAGAGCCUCAAGGACAUGCCAUCAUUCACUCCUUUGCAAGCACAGAAUCUAACAUUGAUUCAGACUCAGGUAGUGCCUACGAGCUUAACUACGAGUAGCGUUUCUAUCGCAAAGAUCGCCGCAUCUAUUUCUAGAGAUCGAUGCUAAAGAUAUUGACAAUUCUAUUUGCAAUUCUUUUACAAGUUACAGGUACUCUACUUGUGUUAAAAUUGAUCUACUUGUUCUAAAACUUGUUCUAAGUUUCAUAACGGCAAAAAAGUGGUUUCAAAGAAAAGAAAUUUGCAAAGUUGGAAGGUACAUUUGCAAGGUACUCUUUCCCGGUGAUUUAUGCAUUUCCAAUUUCAAUGUAAAAUUUAUCUGCUAGUGUUUCAAGGGCUACCUCUACAUAUAAGAUUCCUUUUAAGCCUACUCAAAUUGAGAUAUUACGGUGCAUCGAUGUCUUUGUAAAUAAGAUGAUACAAUUUUCCCUAAAACUGAGCUAUUAAGAGAGAAAUACUGGAGAAUAUCAGUCUGGAACCCUUGUGACGUAUAUUUAUAAUAAUAUAAAAUAUAUAAUAUAUUUAGAACGAUUUUUGCUAUAAUUAUUACUAAGCAAUUUUAAUAUAUCCUUUCCUAUUAUAUUCGAAUUAAUUGUCUAAUAUUCAAUAUAUUUUGUAUA